GGAAUCCUGAGUCGUGUCAGUGCUCCGGCGGACGCGAUCGCGCGCGAGUGUGUCGUUCAGUAACGUUGUUUCAACGCUGGAAGAACGAAGUGAACGGAGAAAAGGGAGUAGAAAUACUUAGAAGGAUCUACCCACAGGUGCGUGUUUCCGGUGUAGUGAACGAGCAACGAAGAACAACAGGGACACGAGUCACAGCGAUAAUCAGCACUAUAUUUCUAACGUUAAAAACGAGUCACGCGCAAAAGUAAAAUUCUGCUUCGCGUUUGUUGUGAUCUUUUAAUACGUUUUCAAGAAUCCGACCUUCGUUCCCAGAGGUCACGGAGCUGUAAGAAUGUACUAGGAAAACCAUAGAAUUGGAAACUAAAGUAUAAUAGUCGGACGAAGAGUAUGUUCUUGGAUGUCGACUUCUUCGUUGAAAAUUCUUCUGUGUGCUAAUAAUAAUAAUAAUCUUCCGAACGAUUCCUUCUUUUUAAUGAAUCGUUAAGAAGAGUACGUACAAUUAGUAGUUGAAAUUGAUAGCUUUAUACGUAUUGUCCAUUUUCCGUCCUUGGCGGCUGUUACUACUGAAUUUCGUACCGAUACGCGAUCUACGACACGCUUAUCGAUCGUAUCGCGUUCCCAUUGUGUUCCUCGAUGCAUAAAAGUCUCGUUGAUGAAUCGUCGACGUUAAACGUGUAGGAAAUAUUUCGCGAGAUCGAAAGUCUGACGACUACGUUAUUUACUCGAGGUAGUCGCUAAUAAUUCAGUCAUUGUUCUUAUUUGUUUGAUAUUAAUAUUCAAUCAUAUCGUUGCUCUGUCGUAUAUGAUUGCGGCGUUUCGUUUGACUCGCCUGUAACUCACGUUCGAGACACACGUGUCUGUGAUUUCACGCGACGGAAACGUAUCACUGGCAACGCCUUCGAUACUACGUCGGGCCUUCCGGCGCGUCAACGGAGGAAUUUACUUGCUCGUGGGACCAACAUCGCCAGCUAGACGUUUUUCGAAGAGAAAUCUCGGCGGUGUCUGUGCAUCCGGUAAACAGGUUAUGCGUGGUCGUGUCUCGACAAAAACUCUGCCAGGCUUAGUCGAAACGUUCGAAUAAGCUCAUUGUGUUUAUGACUCGUUCGGUGUCGUGAAUUACGCGUGACGAUGUGCGAUUGAGAAAUCUUCGCUGAAAUUUGAAAAAUAUAAACAAGCAUCGUGCCCUUCGCUCGAGAGAGUGCAUCGUUAUACGUAUGUAUGUGUAAUACGGAGUGCAGAAGUCGCAACGGUUAGGUCGUUCGAUAAUCCAGUGUGUUCGGCAAAGUGAAAACGUGAAUGAUAAUUGGCGAUAGACGAAACAGCGACUCGAUAUUCACGUUUGGUGCGUUUAAUUAAAGGCUUGUUCUUUCAUCGGAAGAAGUACAAAAGUGAAAGAAGCUACGAAAAGAAAGAGGAGAUAUUCGUGGAAAGCUGCGGACCGUGAUAAGAAACAGAAUUUUUGAAGAAGUAUUUGUGACACGUUCGUUGAUAUCCAGAAGAAUACAACGAUUUAUUCGGCUGGCUUGCUUCAAUUCUCGUCCAUUCGCGUCUCCAGAAACAGCUGUCGAGAAUUUCGAGUCAAUGAGAUCGAAGCAGCGGGACGCGAGCUGAAAACGCGCGGCUGCCGUCGUUGAAGGCUACUUAAAACGACCAUUGAGCAUUCGUCAGGGUGCUCGAAUUACCCACAACAGGUGGCUCGCAAGUAAGUGCCUCCGGUGUGUUCGCACUCUCGCCUGAUUUCACGUCAUUCACCCCUGUUUUCGAUUUGAAAACCAAUCGUCGAUUAUAUCGACGAAAGCGUCGCGUUUUCUACGUUAAAGUUUCGGCUGAUCGCAGAAAUUGGACGAUCGCAACGUUACAAUUUAAUUCGCUUCUGUUUCGUACACGGACAAUUUUCAUUCGAUACUAUGACAUUUUUAAGAUGUUUGUUUCUCCUCGAAGUAGAUUUUUCGUUCAAUGGUCGAUUUGAGAAGUGAAAAUUCAACGUUUAUAAGCGUCCGCUUAAGGUUUUUGUACUUGAUAAUUCGUCAAUUUUAUAUUUUUAACUGUUGUCACCUACUUUCCAAACUUCGAUACGUAUAAAAGAGUCGUACGAAUAUUCUGAUUAUUCGUCACGAUCACUGACAAGAUCUUCUAACGUUCGCGCUAUAAAUCUUGUCGAUAUAUAUUUGAUAGGGGGAUCUUGCCAGAAUUACAACCAGCUGUAGUUUAAAAACAUUCUAACCAAUAAUUUUAUAACGUUUGAAAGUCGCUUUAAAAAUAUCCCCCUCAAAAAAAAAAAGAAAAAAGAAAAAUUGAAAUAAGGGAGGAAAGAUCACUUUUUAGCGAGAUAUAAUAUUGUACACGCAGCUCCGCCAAUACGAGCGCAACAUCUGCAACUCCGGGCGGCUUGUGGGAGUGCAGCAAGUGCCUGGACGAGAUGCGGCUGAUGCAGAGGCUGGCGAUCAGCGGACUCCUGUCCGUGAUACUGAUCGUCCUUCUGACCGGCACGUUCGUCACGCGUCGCGACUUGGCGAACGUCAUCGAACGUGGUGUGGCGCCUGAAGAACGAAACGAACAACAAGUAAAUCCAGCCUGGGUACACAGCAACGUGGUCCCGGGCCAGGAUGAGCCGAAACCCGAAGAUAAGGAUCGACGACCGGAUUUCAAGCAUAGACAGGUCGAGCCAUCCGCGGUUGGACCCCCGCCGAUUUCUGUACCCGGACCCUACGUCAUUAGACCGCCUAAUCCACCUCUGGAUGACGUGACUAAUCAGCGCCGCGAGAAGAUCAAAGAGAUGAUGAAACAUGGCUGGGACAACUACGUGAGGUACGCCUGGGGAAAGAACGAGCUAAGACCAAUCUCGAAAAGGGGCCACAGCGCUAGUAUCUUUGGUGCUUCAAAUAUGGGUGCGACCAUCGUCGACGGCCUCGACACCCUGUACAUCAUGGGUCUACACGAUGAAUUCAAGCAAGGCCGUGACUGGAUCGCUGAGAAUCUCGACUUCGAUAUCAACUCGGAAAUAUCCCUCUUCGAGACGAACAUUCGUUUCAUGGGAAGUCUGCUGGCGUGUUACGCUCUCACCGGGGACGUGAUGUUCCGGGAUAAGGCGGCUCAGCUCGGCGAACGGAUGUUGCCCGCUUUCCAAACGGAAACCGGAAUUCCUCAUUCCCUCAUCAAUCUCCAUACCGGGGCGAGCAAGAAUUAUGGCUGGGCGAGCAGCGGGUGCAGCAUCCUCUCCGAAAUUGGCACGAUGCAUCUCGAAUUCACCUACCUCAGUGACAUCACGGGCAAUCCGGUUUUCAAGAGCAAGGUCGAGAACGUGAGAAAAGUGCUGAAGAACCUGGAGAAACCGAAAGGACUCUACCCCAACUAUAUUCACCCGAAGACUGGGAAAUGGGGCCAGCAUCACAUGUCGUUGGGAGGUCUCGGUGACAGUUUCUACGAGUAUCUGUUGAAAGCGUGGAUUCAGUCCGGCAAAGAAGACGUCGAAGCCCGACAAAUGUACGACGAAGCUAUCGCAGCUAUAGAUCAACACAUGAUCAAGACAUCACAGGGCAAGCUGCUCUACGUGUCGGAUUUAAAAUAUGACAGGCUCGAGCAUAAAAUGGGCCAUUUGGCGUGUUUCGCUGGUGGUAUGUUUGCAUUGGGGGCGAAAACCCAGGAAAACGAAUUGUCUGAGAGAUACAUGACGAUAGCUGCUGGUUUGACCAACACGUGCCACGAAUCCUACGACAGAAGUUACACGAAACUCGGACCAGAAGCCUUCCACUUUAUCGAGGGUAACGAAGCGAAGAGUUUAAAGAACGGCGAAAAAUACUACAUUCUUCGGCCAGAGACCUUCGAAUCGUACUUCGUGAUGUGGCGGCUGACAAAGGAUCCGAAAUACCGUGAAUGGGGCUGGGAAGCUGUUCAAGCGCUCGAGAAAUACUGUCGCGUUCCAGGAGGCUUCACUGGACUUCAUAAUGUUUACUUGGUCGAUCCUCCGCAGGACGACGUGCAACAGAGCUACUUCUUCGCCGAGACGCUCAAGUACCUCUACCUGCUGUUCAGCGACGAUGAUCUCAUAAAUCUGAACGACUGGGUGUUCAACUCCGAGGCUCACGUGCUUCCCAUCAGGGGCAACCCCCUGUACCGGGCGUCUCCCUCUUUAUAAUUCAAAGGAAACUCUCACACCUGGAAGAAAACGACACACCGACGACACAGCAAGACCGUUCUAACAGCUCGAAACAAUCAGAAGUCGUUCGCUGUGCACCAGGAAGGGAGAGAGCGACAACGUGAGAGAUGAACAAGAAGAGGGAAUAACUCGGAACUACAAGAAACAAGAAAGAGAAGAAAAAGCAACGCAAAAAUUCAACAGUGUACGCGAUAAGAAAAUACGAGGAAAAAUAGAACAGUGAACAAGUUUCUGGAUUUAGAAGGUAAAAAAAGAAAGAAAAAAAAAAGAAAAGGAAAAGAGAAAAGAAAGGGAAAAAGGAACAAAUCAAGGAACGCGUUAUUACCUGUGAAAAAUUAUAGACAGAUCGAUGAACAGUGAAAAUAAUAGGAAAAUGGAGAGAGACUGGAGAGGCGAGACGACGACGUGGAUAUUCAGCUCGCAAAAGCCACGUGUCGCCGCGGUGAAUACAAUUAAAAAUAAUUAUUUUAGGUAAAACGAGAUAUAAUAGGGGACAGGGAGAACGUGGAGAAGAUGAUAACGAACGUUAUUUAAGCGACAAACUAUACAGAUGAAGAAUUACACGGAGACACACACACACACAUACACACAGAGUACAUUUGUAAAUAGCGAAAAAAGAAGGAAUGUGUGAACAAAACUAUAUAAUAGAUGGUGCGAGAAAGAGAGAGUGAAAGAAGCGAGAGACGAGAGAAUAAGGGAGACGUAUGCUUGAGCGAAAGAGACAAUUUGAAAUAGAGAAAGAAUGCGUGUAUGCGUGUGAGAGAGGCAGAAACUAGAAUGAAAAUUUAAUCGUUUGCCUGAAUGCUUGACCCAUUUUCUUUUUUCGCCUGCGACAUAAAAAUGGUCUAGGCAGCCGAACCUAUUUCAAGGAAGAUCCGAAUACCGAACGUUCCAGUCGGAUCUCUUGGUGAUUAUGGCGAAACUGUUCAAUCGGUGUUUCUCUUUUCCUUCUUCCUUCUGUUCGAGCUUUUUCAAAAACGUGGCGCUCUAACGUCCGAGAGGUAAAAAUUAAAAAAAAAGAAAAAAAAAGCGAAAAAUUAUAAAAUUCUCUGACAAAUAACGAAAAUGAUUAUUUGCUAAAUAAUUAGUCGAUGUAAUUGGUUUGGGAAUUCGUAUUUUAUGGGAAAGCAUUUAGAUCGAAAUAGGUAAUUAUUUAACAAGAAAAUUUCGUAUGCCUAUGUUAAGAACGUUUGAAAAAAAGAAAAAAGAAAGAAAAAGACACCAGUCCUCCAAGAAGAUCGAUCAGUGGAUCUAUAAGUUAUUCUUAUUUUAAUUAACAAUUAUAUCGAUCGCUGAUCGAUCUCGCCACUUUUCAGACUUCACCAAUACGAGACCUUCUUCGCGGCUUUUUCUAUCUUUUUCUACUUUUUGAAUAAACGACACACUGCGCCUCGAUCGUCUCGGUGGCAGAAAGCACCGAUGGAAAUUCGUUCGAUCCGGUCGCGCUACGUAUUUGAUGCGACGAUUUCGUUUUAAUUUUUAACCGGCUACGCAAGUGUUUUAUAGAAAUCAAAGUGCACGGAAUUAUUAAUAAAUCGCUAUUUGUCUUUGUUUAGAAAUUUUAAUAUAUUGAAUUACGAACGAAGGGUAACUCUCGUUUCUCUUUAAACAAACUGUUGUCAUAAUUCAUACAAACAUGAAAUAAAAUCAAAAGACGACAUUAGUAUUUUUACAUUUUAUACCGUGUGAAUCCAUUUAUGCUUGAAAAGAAUAUUUUAUUGGAAUACCGGAGUUUCAUUGCUUGAAAUAACGCAGUUAUUGAAAUUUGGAAAUCUCCUUAGAAAUACGAGUGCAGAGUUUACAGAAGCUGGAGCAUAAAUGGGUUACGUUUAAAAGUUCCUUACAUAUCCUUUUGUUUCUGCGUCGCGUUCGGCUGAAUUUUAAGGCGAAUCGCCAAGUGCUUCCAUGUAACUGGUUGGAGAAAAUUUCGAAGAAGUUUCAGCCGAAACUUUUCUAUGGAAUUCGUAGUUUGAAUCUUUAUGGGCGUAAUAUGGAAAAGGAAUAAGCGUACGAGGAAACGUAAGGAAAGAUUUUACGAUUUUCGAGCGUGUUUAACGGCGAUGUGAAGCACAAGAGCAAAAGCGUCGGCUACUUGUGCGAAUUACAAUGGUAUUGAUGGAAGAACAGGCUUGGUUUAUUUCACGUAUUUUACAUAUUUAUACGUUUGAUAUCUUCCUAUUAUUUUUACCAUCGCUAAGAUUCCUUACGAAAAAUUUCUUAAGUGCUGCAAAUUAUUUCCGUAAAAUACGAAAAAUUCAAUGAAUUAGUAGAUUUAUCAUAAAACACAUCUAGAAUAUUGAUGAAGCACUAAUAGAUUAUUUUAAUAAGUAUCUAAAUAUUUUAACGCUAUUGAUUUUAAAAUUUAUCUUAAGAUUCUACUUCUAUCUUAGUAAGGAAAUAUAUAUUCGAUGUGAAUUCUUUCAUCAAUCCAACGAACGAUUCUCAAAAAAGUCAAUUAUCCAUCAAGGAAAUUAAAAAAAGAGCAAUCUUCAAAAUACGAAAUUUAAACCAUCCAUCCAUUUAACGAAACAAUCAGUUUUCGUUUCUUCGACAAGUUAUAUUGCCUGAAAAAAUCAAAAACCAUCCCCCAGUACAAUCUUCAUCACGAUGAACAUCAACUAGAGGGUUGCCCUUCGGACAACGAAAUAUAAUUAUUAUUAAUAUUAUGCAAAGAUGAGAAAUUGGCUGGCAAAAGAUUCGAUUUUUCUUUCUUCUUGAUAAACCAGCAGGAAUUUUCUACCGUUUUCAACAAAAUCUUCAAUGUAAAAUUCAAACAUGAAAGACGCGCAUUAGCAACGAUUCUUUCAUAUUUGUCCAAACUUGAGAGAUUUUUUAACGAUAGAGAAUCCUAAUCGAAUCGUCAAUUAUCACGAUAUAGAACACGAUCACCAUCUUUCGUUCUUGCGUCCUUUGCAUAGACAACUUCUCAACUUUGUACAAUAGAAAAAUUCAAAACCACUGGACUGGAGAUGUUUACACAGAUUCGUAUUUUUAUGAACGCAAAGAAACGAAAGACAAUAUUUGAUUCACCCACUUAAUAUUAUCUUUAAUCGAAAAUCGAAAGCUUCUGCGUUGUUACUGUACAUUAAACGCGAUUGAGAAACGAAUGUGGUACACGUUCUUCGAAUUGCGGGAUUAAAAUAAAAAUUCGAGUUAUGUCUCGGAUAUUUUUUAUAUUUUUCCGCGUUGCGUGCAUUUUUGCACCAUUGAAUUUCCCCGAAGCACGUAAACAUCCGCAGUCUAGCGAUCACCGUUGCAUCGAUUCUCGCGUUCGACAGCAUCAUCCAUCGAAUGUUCGUCUCGUGGAAGGCUUUCGGCCAUCGAGCUGCCGGAAUCAACGUGCAGCCCCUGAUCAGUAGUUUCCGGUGCAAACGUAACCUCACGAGACUCAUAUUUUUUCCUUGUGUGUGUUAAAUAAAUCAAAAAUCGCGAGCCAAAUUCCUACGUCGUAUCCAUCAUUGACCCUAUGCAGAGAAGACUGGAUCAUUGUCGACGCGAUUGUCGAAUAUUUUAUUCUAUUGAAACUUCGAUAAAUGUAGCUUCUCCACUCGUCUAUGACAAUCGAAUUUACUUAAAAAGUAAAACCGUCAAACCUUCAAAAACUUAGAAUAAUACUGUCGCUUUCAGUCAAAAUAUCCCACGUAGCACUUUUUCAUUUUUCAAGAUACGCUAAAGUAUUUGAAACUUUUACCCGUGUUUCUUACCUUGCGUGUAAAGUUACGUUAUACAGGCUGUAGCGAUACGAUGACUAAAUAUUUCAAAUUGAUCGAAGAGAAUGAUAUAGUUCGAGCUUUUCUAGGUUUUAAAUAGCAGAUGGGAGAUUUUGAUCAAGGAGGACAGAAUAAUCAUCGAGUCCACAUCGAUCGUCUCUAUAAAUUGUAAAUUAGAAAAAAUUGAUAUCACAAACGCUGUUUUUUUUUUUUAUUUUUAUCUUCCAAUUCGCUAUCAACCAUGUCACUUCAUUGCGAUAAAUAAACUUACCGGAGUUUCCUAAAAAUCGAACUGCUACCCUUACGCUUCUGCGUUGUACAAUAAAAAAGAAAUUCGGAAAAACUAGAGUUGGUCAAGCUAACUUAACUGGCAGCUUCGCGUAAUCGUAAUUUAGAAAGAGACAAACGUGAAACACGUACGUGAGACGGAAUUGAUUCAGCCUUCGUUGUCAGAGGGUUAAACGAUCGACAGAAGGAUGAGUCGCGCGCGAUUUUCAACGAAAGGGGAAAAGCGUAAAAGCGACGCGCGAAAUCAGUCGCGCGUGGUAGUUUAGUAAACGAUGUAGCAACCGAUAAACUAGCGUGUAUAUAGAUGAAAAGAUUUCAAAAGAGAAAAGUAAAAAAAGAAAGUCAUAUUCUAUAGGAGGUACGAGGCGUAGAAACAGAGUUAUAUAGAGGUUACUGGAUGUGUAAUUGUAUAGGCUUUGCAACGAACGUGUGCAAGAAAAGAGAGAGAGAAAGGAUAUGUGUGCGUGAGAGUGGAGGUACGCGAGAGAUAUUGUAAAUUCGAGUUGUCAAGACGCGUUUCGAGUUCGAGUCGGAUGCGUUCCCAUAUUGCGAAGCUGCGUUCCAUUACGAAUAACGAGCAGCGUUCUUGGAAAGAUAAAGAUAACUUUACGAAAUGUAAAAAUUAGUUUUGUUCCUUUUCGUCAUUUUUGUAGAUUUAUAAGUUUCAGAGAUUUUAAUCGGCGACAAUAAGAAUUAAAGUAUGUUGGUUAUUUAAAGGUAUAAGAAAUAGAUUACCGUGAUAUCUUUUUAGAAAAAUCCCUUGGUUUUCGUAAUUUUUGUAGGUUUCUAAAUUAACCAAAUACUUCGAAAGUACAAAAACCUAGACCGUCGUAGUAUUUCAUAAUGAUUAAUAGGUGGACCUUUUACAGGGAGCUUUUUUAGAAUGAUCAAAUUUUGGACAAUUAUUUCUCAACGAUUAAUUGAUAACGCAUGACGAAACUUCGGAUUUCGAGAAUUUGAGACAGAUAUGAAUUAAGGAAACGAUAUUUGAAAUUGCAAAACCAAAAAUGGAAAUCAUCGAUUCCUGACGAAGAAGAUUUAUACCAUCGCUUAUGAAUAUUUGAAGCUCUUCUGCAACUCGAUGUACGAAGAUCUUCGAAGUUUAAAACACUGCCUGACUCAAACCACCGACAUUAUGUGAGCGAUUUUCGUCCUCUUCUUUCAGGAAUCACGCGAAUAUUCUUAUACGGUUUAACAAAACGAUUGUCGAAAGGGAAACUAUAGAACGUAUUUUUAUAACAAGAAAAGAAAGAACGCAACAAAAGAGUGGGAUAUCGAACGAUCGAAUCAACAAAUCUUUUUUCCCAAGUAUCGACUGUCGUUUUUCGCAAUUAAACGCAGCAGAAGGGACAGGAAAUAUCGAAGAAAUACGUGUCCUUGAUGGAGGACCGAUCUCGAGGAAUUUCCCACAUCCGCUUUCCAAACAAUCAGCGAGUCGAUGACUAAGACGGCCAGAAAGUUACUUAAUAUAUUAUAACAUAAUGAUACUUUACGCCUCUUGCCUUUUUCGUUCCUCGGGCUUGGAUGGCCGCUCGGAAAUUCACUGUUUCGAGCGUUCAUCCUUGGAACAGAAGCAAGACACCAUAUAGAAUGUAUACACUCAACUAUACGGAAGCACAUGCGUAUGUUUCUCGUACAAGGUGGAAGCGAAAUGCUUAAAUACGAGAACUGACAAAGAAACAAAUGAAACGAGCAGGUGUUUCGAUUGUAAUUUCUCGUACGUUGUGUGUUUCUAAGAGAUUCAUUGAUCCUUGACACAGUUACGAUUAUCAUUCGUUCAUGGACGUUCAUUGUUACUGACGUGUUUUGAAGCGAUCUGUUCAAAAUAAUUCAUUCGUCGAUUCUUCGUUUCGUUUUGAAAUGGAAGCUUUCGUCGAGAAGCUUCGUUCAAUCCGAAUACGAAGAAAGAGAUAUUUUUAGAAGAUGUUUGCGAUUUUCAUUCGAAAUAGACACUUGUAAUUAUUUAUUACGAAUUUAAAUGUAUAUAAUUAUUAAAUAAUCGUGUUACUUUGAACAUAUUUGUCGUUAUUAUUUAUGACAAUGUAGGAAGGAACAACGAAUACCAUCGAAAUUUCAUUUGUCAAGGAAAAAUCGUUUCGACGACGUGGUAACAACGGACAGACCGAGAAAACUUCAGUGUCUUCUAACGCGUGGAACCAGCUCAUUCGGAAUUGGACGAGCAAGCGAUCUUCGUUUUCCUCCCUUUCCGUAGGAACAAAUCGAUCGAAUAAAACAAUUCUAUUUUGCUGCUGAUAUUAUAUACUUACACGAGCAAAGAAAUAAAACGACAGAGGGAAACCGUUAGGUCGUUGUCCUGUGUAAAGAAAAAAAAACAAAUUGUUAUUUAUAAUAGUAACGAAAAGAUUGUCGCUGAUCUAACAUAGCGACGACGAUGAACGAGGAUAGAUUCGACGGUGGUGAAGAUAGUAAUAAACGAUAAUUAGCCUAUACAUAUAUUUGUGAAUAGAUAUUUAAUAAUUUAUUGUUAACUAGAGUAUUUUAUUUGAAGGAUUUUCAUUACACGGGGUUUCGGGUACCAAUAAUAUCGUUUCUUACGCCAGAGAAAAAAGGGGUUCAAAAAAAAGAGAGACAGAGCGAGAGAGAGAGAGAGAGAGAGAGAGAUUGUGUGAAAGCGAUUAUGCGAGUGAAGAAAAAAAAUAAUGAGAUUAAAAUGGGCGACAAUUUCUACGUGCGCUUUUGUCAAAGAAUCGAGAGAGAGAGAGAGAUAGCGAAGAAAAGAUAGAAAACAGUUUCUUAGCUUUACUUACCUAAUUUUUGUAAGCAGAGCGACAACGGACAGACGCCGGUAAGGGAAAAAAUAAAAUGGUGUAAAAGAAAACAAAUUAUAUAUAUUAUAUAUUUAUCGUUGGUCGAAGAACGGAGAGAGGAGAAUGGGUGAACGAGAGGAAAAAGAACAAUAGAAUAAAAUGUAAAACGAUGAGCGCGUCGCGCGCCAGCAUUCGACGCGAACUAUAAUUAUACUUGUAAAUACAAUACACGAUUUAGUGAUAAUACGGGGGUUUUACUUUUAACAGCUUUAUGUGAUUAUUACUUUGUCAUGAUCAAUGAAAUAAAUAAAUGAUGAUAAUACUUUAA